AAGCAAGUACAGGAAACACCACGUCGGUCGUUGUUCUCGACUCCACAUCAAUUUCAGAUCAAAUUAAAUCGGCAUUUUUCUUGGCUCAACCUCAAACCUAUCGGUUUUUUAGAGAUUUGUUUAACAAAUAAACCAUAAUCCUUAUGUGAAAAUAGAAUUUCCCUAAUUGUUCGUUAUUCAAAAUCAUUUUUCGUCUUUCCCAGCAUAAGCAAGAAAAAAACGGUUUUGAAGAAAAAGCCUUUUUCAAUUUUCAUAUUGCUCACAGCUCACGCAACCCUGUUAUCGCAUUUACGAGACAACGCGGAAAAGAGAGGGCAUAUAUGGACUACACGUUUAAAAAACCCACGGCUACGGCAUUCGAGUACGAGCAUACGACUCAACGAUUUUCCUCAACUCGUGCAUGAUUUCCCAUCUCUGUCUGACCCACAUCGAUUGCACUCGAAAAGUUAAAAGAACGUGAGUGCUGAGCGAGAUAAAAGAAUUAAUAAAACUGCACGAACGAAACAACAGCAGAACACACGUAAACGAAAACGAAAAAACGACAGUGAGAUGCCGCCAUUUUCAUUAAUUCCACAUUCUUUCGUCGAUUCUUCUCUUUCAGUUACGUUUCGUCGGUGAGACUCGCGAGUGUUGUUGAAUCGAAAUCGAGUGUUUGAAAGAAAUUCAUUAUUUUUAUAUUCGAUGCGCGACAUAUCUGUGCUGUGCUGUGUUUUUGUCCCCGCAGUCUUUUAUAAUCACACCAAACCCAACACCAAUUAUUAAUUGAUUUAAACAAAAGAACAAAAUAAUCUCAAUCUGAACAAAAGUCGCAACCAAGUUUUCUUUCCUUUUUUUGCAUAAAAUUUGUUGGCGCCGCUGCUGGGAGCGCAAACCUUUUCAGCUUGCUCUAGGUUUUCUUUUUUUAUUUUUAUUUUUGGUUUUUCUUGUUCAAUGAUGAAGAGAAUUGUUCAAACGACGACGGCGACAAAUAAUCGAAAGGUGUACGGCGGUGCAACAUCACAACAACAAACAGUCAACUCAACAGACAUGAAUCCAAUGAACAGUGCAGUGCGAAAAAUACACAAUUUAUUAUCGAGUGGCGCUGUGACCGUGACUGGGCCAAAUCAGCCGCGAAUCUUAAAACAAAAAGUCGGCGCUACCAUUGUUUCAUCGACAACAAAUUCAGUAACAAACAAUGUACAACAACAACAGCAACAAAACAGCACUUCCAACAGCAAUAACAUUUUGGGUAGAUGCUACAUAUGUGACGAUGCAACAAAUGGAACUCAAAAUCAAAUGCUCACAGACAUGGUCACCUCACAUACCAGCACCAAGUUUCCCAAUAAAAUUGGUCAACUGGUCGGUGAUGCGUUUAUGGUUAUUGUCAGUGUAGAAGAUGUGGUUUGUCCAAGGUGUAACAAUCUGAUAAACUACUUGGAUCGACUUGAAAACGAUGUGGAGCGAGUUCGUAAUAAUAUUAUGAAUUUGCUGCAUAAGAAGUAUGGUUUAAAUGAUGAUUCGUCGUCGUCAGCAUCUAUAGCGACAUCAUCUGUAACAACAGCAGCUCAGACGUUAUCCAAUGUUGGUGGUGGAAGUGUGAGCAAUGUUGGUGGUGUGAGUGGAGUUGUGAAUCAGCAAACAUCGGCGUCAGCUUCACCGCCCAUUAAAAUGCAAAAGCUCAAUAGCGGCAAUGUAGUUAACCGUGUUGUUAACUUAAAUGACGAUGGGGCAGAUGCUCGAUCUAGAAAAGUGAGUGCUGUUCAACAAAUCAAAAUAACACCGCCACAAAUUCAACAACAGCAGGUAGUACAGCAGCAGCAACAACAGCAACCACAAAUGCAAAAAAAAACAACAACCAAAAUUUACAAAUGCUUGUCGUGCGAUUUCAAAACUCAAGAUUUGAAGCUAUUCAAUCCGCAUUACGAAACAUGCAAACAACAAAAUUUCCACUGCAAAAUGUGCAAAAAGAUGUUUUCGAAUUUGAAUGCUAUGAAACAACAUAUGACGGAGAAGCAUAAUGCAACACCAUCACAAGCCAAUACAAUUGCCACCAAUUCACAAAUUCAGCAACAGCAAUCUAAUAUCGAUGUGCACUCGUGUCAAUUGUGUCAGGUGAAUUUCACCAGUGAGCUGGCCCUCAAGAAACACAUGGAAGUCAAUCACAAUGAAUACAAAUUGGGUGAAACAACACAGCUCUAUACAUGUAAUCACUGUCAAUUCAAGUCCACGGACAAGCAGAUCUUUGACGAGCACAUGCGGAAGCACGUCAAACCAAAACCGUUCAAAUGUCGCCUCUGUUCGACCAGAUUCGAAACUCGUGAGCAAGCAACUAUCCACGCUAAAGCCCAUCAGCCUAAUAUCUUUAAGUGUGGAACUUGUUCACUGUCGUUCCCCAAGCGUGAGAUGCUGGUAAAGCACUUUGAAAGUCAUCAGACCAAGGCACAACAGCCUCAACAGCAGACACAGCAAGUUACCCAAAUUAUCACACAACAACAACAGCAACAACAUCAACAACAACAGCAGCAGCAACAACAACAGCAGCAACAAUCCCAGCCCCAUGUUAUAACUACGCAAAAGCUGUUGCAGGAGACAAUUGACGAGGCUCUGAGUGAAUCCUCUGAGGCUGGUGUGGAUUCCAAAGCUAUUCGAUUCUUCACAUGUCACAUAUGUUCGUUGACUUUCAUCCAAGAAAACUACUACAACCAACACAUGGAAACACAUAAGUCGCAAACACAAAAGAAGACCGCCUCAUCAGCGUCCUUAACAUCAACUGUCUCUAGUGCAGGCGUAAGCACGACCUCGUCCACAUCAUCGGCGACCGUCAGCCAGAGUCUAAUUCGAGGCGAUGGCAAGGACACCAGCGAAGCCGGUAAUAUGGUAAUGAGCUCUAAUUCAAACAACACAGCGUCAAUAUUGGAAGCAGACAUUGAGAGCAUUUUUGAAAAAAUGCAUUCCGAUAAGUCUGACAAUGAUGUAGGCGGCAACGGAACAGCUGCUGGGGCAGGAGGAGAUGGAGCAGGAGGCGAUAAUCUGGUAAUCACGAGUCAAGAGAAUGCUGUCGGUGGAAUAACCUUCAAUAUUACUAUCCCACAGCCAGAUUCUGCUGAACAGGGCAAUGAGGGUGAUGUAAAACAACAACAACAACAGCAGCAACAACAACAACAGCAACAAAGAAGUGGCGACAACUCCUCAGCACCGGUCGCUGUAAGCAUUGAUAUGCCGGUGUUAGAUCAUCCGGACGAGGGCAUCGAUAAGUCGGCAGAUUCAAGUGAGAAACCAUCCUCCACCGAUGAAAGUUCGAAAAAACCAAGUAGUCCUGCAGGCGCAUCAGGAUCGGCCGCCCAACCAGUAAGCAUGCCAAGCUUAGAUGAUGAUAAUGAGGCUCAUGACAGUAAUAGUCAGCACUCGACUCCAACAAUGGAACAGCAGCAAUCACAGCAAGAAACACAGGUUUCCGCUAACACAGAAUCAGAAGAGCAGCAGGAAGCUCAGCAACAACAACAGCAGCAACAAGAACAGGCUGAGCAGAGUCAAAAUGAAGAAAACCAACAAAAUAUGGCGAAUGCCGAUCAGGUUCAAAUGGAACUGGAUGAAAUGCAAGCCGGUGUCGAAGGCGGUCAAAUCAAAUUCAUCCUCAACGAGAACGGUCAACUGCUGCAGCUGGACAACCACAUCAUCACCGAUGCCGAUGGCAACCAGAUCUUGGUUCAAGACAGUGAACAGAUUCAACAGCUUUUGCAGAGUGUUGGUGUGCUACAGACCAGCGACGGUCUGGAUGGGGAGACCCUUCAGAUGAUCGGCGACAACAAUCAAAUGGUGAUUGUGCAGCAAGGCGACAAUGAGCCACAGCUUAUCGAUGCAUCUCUACUUAAUGCCGACGGGCAUAUCGUCAUCCAACAAGGACAGGACGGAGAGUUAGGAGAGGGCGCGCACGUUAUUGGUGAAGGUGGUGUUCGAAUUCCCGUCUCGGUCUCGUACACUGCCGAUGGACAACCUAUUGUGCAAGUCACUCAACAGCCAGACGGCGUUGAUGGCAAGGAAAUGGAAGGCACAGUGAUUACCACCACAGCCGGUGGUGAAACAGCCGUCACUCAAAGCCUCUCCCAAGCGCCCGGAAGUUAUUUCGCGUUAGAAGACUUGAUGCAGCAGCCUGAACAAUCAAAAGCCUCGGAUUAGACGUUUUUGCAUUGAACAAGCAGACAAAAUAUUAGAUGCUGCGUCUCCUCGUUUUGAGGUCAAGAUGAGGGUCUGGCGCCCAAUGAUUGCAAAAUAAAAAUGGGUAAUUGUAAAAAAAAAUCACCAUACCAUUAUCAUCAUCUCUAAGAAAAAGGAUAAAAUUGUUAGAAUUUAUUCGAACGUAAAAAAACACUAAUUUUAAAAAACCCUCCCCCCUUCUUGUAAUGUAUAUAUUAUAAAAUAUUAAUUUAAAUAUUUUUUUUCGGCUCGGUUUUGAAUUCUAAAUACACAAACUGUUCGCUAUGCAUAGAAAAAAAUAUGGUUUAAGGUCGCUAGUGUGGUAUCUCUUAUUUUUACCCCAAAAGCAAGAAAAUAAAAUUAACUUUUACCUUCAAAAAAAAAAAAAAAAAAUAGAAAAACCCCGCGGACUUAACACAAAUUGUCGUUUUAAGGAAUCAAUGACUAAAUAUGCAUUAAAAAGUAAACAAAUUAUAUUUGAAAGAAUUAAAUAUUUACCAACACUAUUUUAUCAUCAUCUAAUAUUAUUAUUAUUUUGUAAUUAAGCUACAAACUGAUUUCAGUUGUUUCAAAAAUUUGUUUUGAAAGAAAUUUUGAACAAAUGAUUUUAGAAAAAAAUACAAAAAAAGUAAAAAAAAAUACAGAAAACAAAAAUCAGUUUAGACCGUUAUUUUCACCCGAGUAUAUAAGAGACAAAAAAAAAGAAAUAUAUAUAAUAUUAUAAUUAAAAAUGUUAAAUAUAAGUAGUCAUUAUAUAGAAUAUAACCCAAAACAAAAACAAUAAACGAAAAAAAAAAAACUAAUUAAUAAAAAUAUUCUUAUAAAAUGUUUAUUUUUGAUUUUAACCAACAAAAAAAAACAAACAACAACGCUGUGUAUAAACUUAUUUAACGUAUUGUUUUACUUUCUUCAUUUAAACAAAGAAAAAUAAAAGAUAUACAUAAAAUCACUCCUUUCCAAAUGAUGAUUAAUCGUUGAAAAAAAAACAACAUAGGGUAAAACAAAACAAGAAAUAUUACCAAUAAAACAAAAAUAUGCUUUUCUUCUAUUAAAAAAAAAAAAAUAUGAAACUGUUUAACUAGCAAACAACAACAAAAAAAGUAUCAUUUAAAUAUUUUAUUUUCUGAUUCACACUGGCAAAUAGAUUUUUAAAGUAUGUAAUUGCCAAUAAUUCAUUUAUAUGCAAUUGAACUUUAUUUAAACUUAUUAUACAACAGGUAAGAUAUUUCAAAGAGAAAUUAAGAAAUAAAAAUUGAGAAACGAGAACAAAAUGUUGUUUUAUUUU